AUGACAAAGGAGUUGAUCGGAAAGAAAGAUGACCCUGAAGCAUUCACCAUUUCGUGUACCAUAGGCAUGCUCAAGUUCGCAAAAGCCUUAUGUGAUCUAGGAGCAAGUAUUAAUCUAAUGCCCUAUGUUAUUCAUAAACAACUCGGGUUGGGUGAACCGCAGGUGACAUCUGUGAGACUCUUGAUGGCUGACAGAUCGACCAAGCAUUCGGUGGGGAUACUUUAUGAUAUUUUGGUUAAGGUCGACAGGUUCAUCUUUUCAGCCGAUUUUGUCAUACUCGACUGUGACAUAGACACCGAAAUUCCUAUAAUCUUGGGAAGGCCAUUUUUGGAAACUGGGAGAGCGUUGGUGGAUGUCGAGAGUGGGGAGCUGAAAUUUUGGGUUAAUGAUGAUGAAGUCACCUUUGAUGUGUGCAAAUCAAUGAAACACCCCAGUGACAUUCAUGAAAGAACCUUUGAGGUUGUGUGGGCCAACGAAAUAGAGUUUGAAGUUCAAAGCCAAGAUGAAGUGGUAGCCGCGUUUUCAAGUAUGGAAAGAUUCACAAAGACUCCAAUGAAGCUGGACAUCGACUUAAAGAAUCAAGAGAGCCCUCCCGCCAAACCGUCAACCGAAGAACCACCUAAUCUCAAACUUAAGGUAUUACCUUCACACCUUCGGUAUGCUUUCUUAGGCGAGAAUAACACCUUGCCGGUGAUUAUUGCAGCCAACUUACUUGAUUGGCAAGUAAAAUUGCUCCUUGAAGUACUGAAAAGGCGUAUAAAAGCCAUCAGCUGGACUAUCGCUAAUAUAGUGGGCAUUCCUCCAGGCAUUUGA